AUGCAGGAACCAGACUGUUUUGAUCCUAGUAGCCAGUUAUCCAUAAAUCAGAAAUAUUUUAACAAAAAUAUUGGAUUAAAUUCGUAUGACAACAUAUUCUGGGAAAAAGGUGUUAAUGACAAAAAUUAUGAAAAGUCAUGUUUUUGUCUUUCGUGGAAUCAUUCAUUUCAUCGGAAUACAAAACAAUACGGCAGUACACUUCAAGGGCAAAGUAAAUUUAGCAUUUUGAGUAAUCAAAUCAAAUCCUGCAACAGAUAUAUAACAAUUUGGAAAUCGUGCGGAAGAAUGGGUAAUCAAAUGUUUCAAGUUGCAUCUGUUAUUGGAAUUGCUUACCAAUAUGACAUGACACCACUUUUUCCUUACAAAAUGCUUUACAUAUAUUUCAAUUUACCUAAUAGAUAUGAUACAAAUUUACAACAUGUUGAGAACAGCACCAAUUGCUUAUGUUCUAAAACGGCCACCUUUAAGUCUUGCAAGGAAUCGUGGAAUUCAACAAGAACGAAUGUUCCAGUAAGUCCAUUUGUAAAUGCUGGAGAUGAUAUGGCAUUAAAGACAUUGUGUGACCAUGUGAUAGUUACAGCAGGUACAUUUGGAUGGUGGGGUGCAUGGCUCUCCGGUGGCAUAACUGUUUAUUACAAAGGAUAUCCUGGUCAUAAUUUGUCAAACAGGUUUAAUUUAUUUGACUACUAUCCUUCGCAUUGGAUUGGUCUUUAAACUCAUAUUUUGCACUUUUAUUAUCAAAAGCAAUAUUG